UGGAGAGGUGGUUUGCACCAAAGGAGGGGUUUAAAUCUGGCUCUGGCUCUGUACCAGUUGCAAUCUGCCAGUGGAAGUUUGCAGGAUUGCAUAUCUUCUGUUGUGUGUGUUCAGUGGAAAAAAAUCUGUCACUAUAGGCAGACAGAAAAAAAAAAUAAUAAUAACUGACUGAGGCUAAAGAGGAUUUUUCAUCUGCAGGUCCUCCAUUGCAGGAGUGGUACAAGGACUGAAAAGCAACGAGUCUUCUCUUUCGCCUGGCUCUGACCAAGCUUGAGGGAAAGAGGAAAAAAAAAAGAAGAAAGACUUGCUUGCCUCGUAUUCUCUCUUACUCAUCCAAGGAUUUUUUGUUUCUCUUUUACGAAGGCAAAAGGCGAGCUUUUUUUAAAGGUGCAUGUUUGGAAUUUGCUUGAAACAUUGGAAGACGAAGAUAAAUUACAGGAAAAUUAAACAGAAGUGAUAGCACAACAAGGAAACGUGGUGCGGUGGAGAGGUGCAGCGAGAUGGAUGAUCAGCCCAGGAUGUUGCAUUCCCAUGCAGGAGUUGGGAUGGCAGGACUGUCCGGCCUGUCCCAGCAUAUGCAGGAUGGCACUGGAGGGACAGAUGGGGAAGGGGGACGAAAGCAAGACAUUGGAGACAUUUUACAGCAAAUCAUGACCAUUACGGACCAGAGUUUGGACGAGGCACAGGCUAGAAAACAUGCUUUGAACUGCCACAGAAUGAAGCCUGCCCUCUUCAAUGUUUUGUGUGAAAUCAAAGAGAAGACAGUUUUGAGCAUCCGAGGGGCACAGGAGGAAGAACCCACAGAUCCUCAACUUAUGCGGCUGGAUAACAUGCUUCUAGCAGAGGGAGUAGCUGGCCCAGAAAAAGGCGGAGGGUCAGCGGCUGCAGCUGCUGCAGCCGCUGCAUCUGGAGGUGCUGGUUCAGACAAUUCUGUUGAACAUUCAGACUACAGAGCAAAGCUGUCUCAGAUUCGACAGAUCUACCACACAGAGCUGGAGAAAUAUGAGCAGGCCUGCAAUGAAUUCACAACCCACGUGAUGAACCUCCUCCGUGAACAAAGUAGGACCAGGCCGAUUUCUCCUAAGGAGAUUGAGCGAAUGGUUGGCAUAAUUCAUCGCAAGUUCAGUUCAAUCCAAAUGCAGCUUAAACAGAGCACAUGUGAAGCUGUUAUGAUUCUCCGUUCACGGUUUCUAGAUGCACGGAGGAAGCGGAGAAAUUUUAACAAGCAGGCUACAGAAAUUCUUAAUGAAUACUUCUACUCCCACCUUAGCAACCCUUAUCCCAGUGAGGAAGCCAAAGAGGAGCUGGCCAAAAAGUGUGCAAUCACUGUCUCACAGGUAUCAAACUGGUUUGGAAAUAAGAGAAUCCGAUACAAGAAGAACAUUGGCAAAUUCCAGGAAGAAGCCAACAUGUAUGCUGCCAAAACUGCUGCCAAUGCUGCUACUGUAUCUGCUCAUGGAAGUCAAGCCAACUCACCAUCUACCCCUAAUUCUGCUGGUUCUACCAGCUCUUUUAACAUGUCUAGCUCUGGAGACUUGUUCAUGAACGUACAGUCAAUCAAUGGGGAUUCUUACCAAGGGGCUCAGGUGGGAGCCAACGUGCAGUCACAGGUGGAUACCCUUCGCCAUGUUAUCAGUCAGACAGGAGGAUACAGUGAUGGACUCACAACAAGCCAGAUGUACAGUCCGCAGGGCAUCAGUGCUAAUGGAGGCUGGCAAGAUGCGACCACCCCGUCUUCAGUGACAUCACCCACAGAAGGACCAGGAAGUGUUCACUCUGAUACCUCCAACUAACUUCCAAACAAACACGUCUUACUCUCCUGUUGGCUUCUUCAUUCCUUUUUCCUUGAAAGUGAGCCAACGCGCUGAGCCUAACCAGUAGAAGUGAACCAAACCAACACAAUGUUAAGAAUCCUCCUCCUCUGUGGGGGUUCCUGCAGACAAACCAAUACAUUUGGACACUUCUUUGAAUUCUGUUUUCUUUGUUUUUGUCUGUCAUCAUAGUAAGACCCUUUUCCAUUUUGUCACUGAAGGACAAUUUUUCAGCUGUGUAAAAAUUUCAAAAUAUAAAAUAACAAAGAAUUUGUACAUUUUUCAUGCUAAUCUGAGGAGCCAAUUUACCUCGCUAUUCUUUCACACACGAACCAAACGGCAACCUUAUCUGGUUAGGUUAAGAAUACUCUCUCACUACCUCUUAGCUAAGAAGAAAGUGCAACACUUGCCCCUCCGUUUUCUUUUGCUGUUGUUUUAUUAUUAUUGCAAUAGCUGGAAGCUGUUCAAAGUGUAAAACACAUCUGUCAGUUGAUUUGGGAGAUUGCUGAUUGUUAACAGUCCAUUUCCUUUGUUUUUGCUAUUCCUUAUUCUUGCUGCUGUAAUUCUGACCAGCGGCAGUGAAGUAAAAAAAAACUGUUACUUAAUAGCAAAGAAGACUAUGACACUUGGUUAAAGAAUAUAUGACCUUUUGUUACCUGCGUUCAUUUUCUCACUUACCUGUCAGGUGUACAGUAUCAAGUUCAUCUGUGUAGGUAAUUGCUUGGUACACAUUAUUUAAUAAAGCAAUGAUUGUUAAUUAUUUUAAA